UCCAAAGCUCGUACCGUCAUACUAGUCAACGGUUGCAAAUGGCGACAGCCACUAAAUUCGUGGCAACGACAUACAUUUAAUUAUUUAAUUUUUUUUUGGGUGUUAACCAGUUAAGCAGUUCGCGUAAUUGUUCUUCUCCCAAAUCGGUGGUUCUAAGCUGAAGAUAGCAAGAUGCCGGCCGUACGUGGGGAUGGCAUGCGUGGACUCGCUGUAUUCAUUUCAGAUAUUAGAAAUUGUAAAAGUAAAGAAGCUGAAAUAAAGAGGAUAAAUAAAGAAUUAGCAAAUAUAAGAAGUAAAUUUAAAGGAGAUAAAACUCUUGAUGGAUACCAAAAGAAAAAAUACGUUUGUAAAUUGUUAUUUAUAUUUUUACUUGGUCAUGAUAUUGAUUUCGGACAUAUGGAAGCUGUUAAUUUAUUAUCAUCGAAUAAAUACUCUGAAAAACAAAUUGGAUAUUUAUUUAUAUCAGUGCUGGUUAAUACAAACAGUGAUCUCAUAAAAUUAAUAAUACAAAGUAUAAAAAAUGAUUUGGGAUCUCGUAAUCCAAUUCACGUUAAUUUAGCACUUCAGUGUAUCGCUAAUAUCGGCAGUAAAGAAAUGGCCGAGGCAUUUGGAAAUGAAAUUCCUAAAUUAUUAGUAUCUGGGGAUACAAUGGACGUAGUAAAGCAGAGUGCAGCACUCUGUCUUCUGCGACUCUUACGAACAGCCCCAGAUGUAGUACCUGGUGGUGAAUGGACAUCACGUAUCGUCCAUCUGCUAAACGACCAACAUCUCGGUGUAGUGACAGCAGCAGCAUCACUUAUCGAUGCUCUAGUAAAACGCAAUCCCGAUGAGUACAAAGGCUGCGUUAGUCUAGCAGUAUCACGUCUCAGUAGAAUAGUAACAUCAAGUUACACAGAUUUACAAGACUACACGUAUUAUUUUGUCCCAGCGCCAUGGCUGUCUGUUAAACUGCUGCGUCUUCUUCAAAAUUAUACUCCGCCAGCUGAAGAUCCCGGUGUUCGUGGCCGUUUAAAUGAAUGCCUCGAAACAAUUCUCAAUAAAGCACAAGAGCCACCAAAAUCCAAAAAAGUUCAGCACUCAAAUGCUAAAAAUGCCGUAUUAUUUGAAGCAAUAAGUUUAAUUAUUCACAAUGACAGUGAGCCUAAUUUAUUAGUACGUGCAUGUAAUCAACUUGGACAAUUUUUAUCAAAUCGUGAGACAAAUUUACGUUAUCUUGCUCUUGAAUCAAUGUGUCAUUUAGCAACAUCGGAAUUUUCACAUGAAGCUGUUAAAAAACAUCAAGAAGUUGUUAUACUAUCAAUGAAAAUGGAAAAAGAUGUAUCAGUACGGCAGCAAGCUGUUGAUUUAUUAUACGCAAUGUGUGAUAAAAGUAAUGCUGAAGAAAUAGUACAAGAAAUGUUAAAUUAUCUUGAAACAGCUGAUUACUCAAUACGUGAAGAAAUGGUACUAAAAGUUGCUAUACUUGCUGAGAAAUAUGCCACUGACUAUACGUGGUAUGUUGAUGUCAUAUUAAAUUUGAUAAGGAUAGCUGGUGAUUAUGUUUCUGAAGAAGUAUGGUAUCGUGUUAUACAAAUAGUUAUUAAUCGUGAUGAUGUACAAGGUUACGCUGCUAAAACUGUAUUUGAAGCGCUCCAAGCACCAGCUUGCCAUGAAAAUAUGGUUAAAGUUGGUGGUUAUAUACUCGGUGAAUUUGGUAAUUUAAUUGCUGGUGAUGCACGUUCAUCACCAGCAGUACAAUUCCAGUUAUUACAUUCCAAAUAUCAUUUAUGUUCACCAAUGACGCGUGCACUGUUACUAUCAACUUACAUUAAAUUUGUUAAUUUAUUUCCUGAAAUACGUACGCAAAUACAAGACGUAUUUAGAACACACAGUAAUUUACGUAGCGCUGAUGCUGAAUUACAACAGCGUGCAUCUGAGUAUCUACAAUUGAGUAUUAUUGCAUCUACUGAUGUAUUGGCAACUGUACUAGAAGAAAUGCCAGCUUUUCCUGAACGUGAAAGUUCGAUUUUGGCUGUUCUUAAAAAAAAGAAACCUGGACGUGUACCGGAAAAUGAAAUUAGAGAAAAUAAAAGCCCUGCUCCUAGUGCCAAUCAUGAAACAACUGGUACUGCUGUUGCUUCUACUAUCGGUAGUGCUGCUGCCGCUGCUAGUGUUAAUAGUUCAUCUGCUGAUUUAUUGGGAUUAUCAACACCGCCUUCUUCACAGCCUACCAGUAAUACUGGAAUGUUACUUGAUGUAUUAGGUGAUAUUUAUAAUGCACCAAAUAAAGUUACGGCUACUAAUGGAGCACAGAAUUCUUAUAAUCCUAAAAAAUUCGUUUGUAGAAACAAUGGAGUACUAUUUGAAAAUGAUCUGAUACAAAUAGGCGUUAAAUCAGAAUUCCGACAGAAUCUUGGACGUGUUGGUUUAUUUUAUGGAAAUAAAACCCAGUUUGCGCUUAAUAACUUCCAACCACAAUUGGCUUGGUCUGAUGAAAAUCAAUUAAAAUUAGCCGUUCAAAUAAAACCUGUUGAUCCGGUGCUUGAAGCUGGUGCACAAAUUCAACAAAUGAUUAAUGCUGAGUGUAUUGAUGAUUACAAUGAUACUCCUAGUAUGGUAAUAUCAUUUACGUACAAUAAUAUGCCACAAAAAAUAACUAUGAAAUUACCAUUAACGAUAAAUAAAUUCUUUGAACCAACGGAAAUGAAUGGAGAAUCAUUUUUCGCGAGAUGGAAAAAUCUUGGCGGCGCAAAUCAACAGCGUUCACAAAAAAUAUUCAAAGCCCAACAUCCGAUGGAUUUAGCACAAGUCCGUACAAAAUUACAAGGUUUUGGAAUGCAGUUGCUUGAUAAUAUUGAUCCUAAUCCUGAUAACUUUGUCCUUGCUGGUAUUGUUCAUAUGCGUGCACAACAAGUUGGUUGUUUGUUACGUCUCGAACCUAAUAAGCAAGCUCAGAUGUUCCGGUUGACUGUACGCUCGAGUAAAGAAUCAAUGUCGAUAGAAAUAUGUGACCUGCUGGUAGAUCAAUUUUAAGCUGUUCAAAAGGUACUGAUUUGUUAUUCAUUAAUUUUAAUAUGAUCAAUAUCAACAAUCGUAUAUAAUAAAUAUAAUCUACGAGUAUCAAUCGAAUUAAACCGUCAGAUUAAAACGAAAAAGCUGGACUGACUGUUUGAUUAACUUUUUAAAAAUUCGUAUCCAAAAUAAAUUUUUGAUUUAUUUCAGUUUAUAUUUUAAAACAUAAAAAAAAAAUUAAAAAAAAAAAAAAAAAAAAAAAAACUAAA